AUGUCAUCCUUCACCUCCCUUCUGACUGUGUCCAUCGACUGGUUGAUCCAGGUUAGGUAUGCGAAUGGUGGCAAUGGUGAUGGUCUUACCAAGUUGUCUCAAGCUUUGAAAAAGUUGAUUGAGGAGGCUAUAGGUAACGCUACUAAGUCCCUCCAAUCCGAAAAAAAGAAGCUUUCUUGCCCCUUCAAAUACUCUGAUACUGAGACUUAUUGUCAGUACUACGAGAAGCAGAUUAAGCACUGUGAGGAAGAGCUUAAUAAACUUCAAUCUCAACAACCUAAGAAACCUAAUAAUGAAUACGAAAAAAAUCUCUUAACUUCCACAAAACAACGUUGCGAUGAUGCUAAAAAAGCCUGUAUAAAGGCUCACCAAAAACAUCCUCCAUCUGCUGCCUUGAAGUCUGUUGACUCCAAGAUUGUCCAGCUUGGUGAAUUGGCUGGGCAGCUUGGCGCUUUUGUUGGUGAAAGUGAUGUUGUUAAGAAAGCCGUUGAGAAUGCUAUUAUCGCUGUAAUUAACAGUAAUGAAGAGCUUAAAAAGCUUUACUCUCCUUAUGUUACUAAGCUUUCUGAGUCUGUCAACUCUGGUGGCAAGGCUGAUGACACCGGUGAAAUUGGUCAACUUCAAGUUGAAGUGUCUCGUAAAAUUACUGAAAUUACUAACCAAAUUAAGCAACUUAAACAGCAAAAUAAGCUUAAUAAUAACUCUCUUCCUUCCCCCUCUCCCUCUGCUGAGCUAGCCAAAUUGCAGUCCAAGUUGGACGCUUUGAAGAAAGUGGAGGAGCUUUGUGAAAAUUAUGAGAAACUUAAAACUAUGCCAAAUGAGCCUAAAAACCUUUUAGAGAAUCUUUGUGACGGCCUUCAGACUUUCCUCGGCUUCAACAAAGACUCCAAAGGCUACGACGGCACUGGGAUAGUGUACUCUGACUUGGAUAGGCUGUGUGACGGGGUGAUGGGAUUUUUGAGUGGUGUUCUCAGUGCGGUGAAAGAUGAUGAAGCAGUUAAAACGUACGAUAAUAUGAUGAGUAAUAAGCUUGAAAAGGUACUAGAAGAGGUAAAUAAAAAAAUUGGCACCGGGCGUGAUGGGCUUGCGGCGUCUGUCGGCGCAUUGAAGGGGUGGUUGGGGAAAUAUCUCCUUGAAUUAGGUAAGCGAACUAGUACAGUCACAGGGCAUUUAGGUACACUUUGUGAUGAGAUCGAGAGGACGCAUAUCAAAUCGGUGUCAAUGAAGAAGGAUCGUAAACUGGAAGAACAGUUGCAAGAUUGGAAGAACAUCAUCCAAAUAAUUGAACAGCACAUAAAUAACAUAAAUACAGAACACGUUAAUAAAUUGGAUAACACAUUAAAAAACAACGUAAUGCGUGAAAUUGAACCAAUAAUCAACGUCGUAAAACAUCUAAAAGAUGUGAGUGCCGACGACGUGCUCAGAUGUCAAGCCGUGAAAGUGGACAAUGAAUUGCUGAAACAAAAAAAUAUAUUAGAAGCUGCGAUUCAUAUGAACAGUGACGAUGUGCAGAAAACGUUAAGAAAUGGAAUUGAUGAAGUUGUGAAUCAUAUAAAUACAUUGAACGAUAAGAGGAAACAGCAGAUUCAAUAUCUGGACGGCGUUAUCGCAACAGCAGAUCAGCAAGCCCAAAUACUUCUUGACGAAUAUCGAAACAAAUAUACAAAUGGGAUUGAUGGGAUGUUUGCAGAUCUUCACGGUAGUAUAAAAGAUAUUGAAGCAAAUAAGGCGGGUGUAGAAAACGAUGAUAAUAGUAGAUGCCCACUUGAAAAGCAAAUUGAGGUAGUAAAAAAAGCAGUUGAGAGCAUUGAAGAAGCAUAUAAAAGCCGGUUGAAAAAGGUAAAAACGGCGGUAGAUAGUGCGGUAGGCACGACUAGAGGAACAAUCAGGGGGCUCGGCUUGGGACUCAUUAGGGAUUUGAGAAGUUUGAAAAAAAAGGUGGAACAAUAUAUUAAGGCGUAUGUUAAAGGGUUGAAGGAAGCAGGUAUGGAAAAAUUGGAAUGGAAGGUGAAAAAUGAUUUGAGAAUCUUGAAUUCGUGUAUCUAUACUAAGGUCACGGAGUAUAUUGAGGCGGAUAUGGGACUAGACAUUAAGAAUGCGCUGAAAGCGAUGACCGAUAAGAUAUCGGGUGGCGAUACUGAGAAUGGUCCUUUAGAUUUGAUUGAAGUCGGCGUUGCGAAGUACGUUGAUAAAUUCACUCAGAAGAAUUUUGGAAAUCAAAUUUUGGAACAGUGGUUAAAACAGAUAUUGCAAAGUAAACAAGUCAAGACUUCGCUGUGGUAUUAUGCCAGUGAUGACUGGCAUCAGCAGUCAGAUCCUUACAAAAAUAACGGAACCAGCGAGCAGGCUAUUGCACAGGCAAUCGUAAAACAGCUUACUGAAGAAAUGCAAGCUGCCACCAGAUUGGUCACAGAUAGGGAGGUAAGUGUCACUCAGAAUUUGAAUAAUAUUAGAUCCUGUCUAACAACAUUUGCUCAGAAGAUUCAAAAUCGAAUCAUGCGAAACGACCUGGGAGAAAUUGCCUCAAAUAUAUUAGGUGCGGUUGACUCGAAUGUUAAAAAGACCAGUAGUAAAGAAGCCUCUCAUCUCAUACCAGCAGUGGACAUCAUUUUCCAACAGCUUCAUGGAAUGGCAAAACAAGUUUCGGAUGCUGUGGAAAUGCUUCUGAGGGACUGCACAUUUAAUAACGUAGACGGUGCAAUAUUAGCGGUGGAAGGACUUCCGGAAGAUCUGAAAAACGAGGUUGCCAACAAAGGUAAUGUCAAACCUAACACACUGGGUGAUACAAUUAAAAAGACGUUAGAAACAAAGGUGAAGGUGGCUAUCGGUAUGGGCGGCUGGGAUUCAGAUAUAAAACUUGGUGAGAAUAGGCUCAUGGAUGAAUUCAUCAGCGCGUACGAGAAACUCUUGAAAGCCUUCGAGACCAAAGAUCUCGAUAGCAAAAUUGAAGUAUUGUUUAAAGGGCUUCGGUUGGGAGAGGAUGAAAAAUUCAAAGACUUGAUGACAACAUAUGCCGGCGAAAAUGGUAUUUCGAAGGUAUGCAGCCAAAUCGAUGCAAUGGAGCAGGCGGUGAGCACUGAGGGUUUCCAACUAGCCAAAAAUGGCGCAGCGGAUUUUAAUCCCGAUGAUAUGUCAGGUUACAACGAUGUUGGCACUGGUGCCAAGCGGACGUAUCUAGCUGCCGUCGAAACCGUAAAGACCACCAUCGACAACCUCGAAAACAUUCCCGGUUUUGUAGAAGAUAAGAGAAAAGCGGCCUGCAGUAAGAUGGAGGAAUUGAGACAGAAAAUCGAAGGAAUUCAAGGCAGAAUAUACGGUGUUAAAUUGGCAGUCUCACAUGCUAACGACGCAUUGUCGGCAGCCAUAAAUGCUGUUAGUGAAGCAUUGAUUAUAGCCUCGAAGAACGCCAUGAAUGCGAUUGAAUCGCUACGUGUCUCACUAAUCGGAAAGGUCACGGAAGCGUUGGACGACGUGACUGAACAAGUACAGAAGUUGUUUGCAGAGCAACAUGUGGUGGAAUUGGCAACUCUGCAAAAAUUAGCGGAGGAACAAAAAUCGAGAAUUGUAACAAUAAUAAAAAAGGACGAAACCACUGUAAUUAAAGGUCUGAUUAAGACGAUGGUAGACCAACAUGCAACGCUGGAUAAAAUGAUCACGGAUGUAGCCUCGUACAGUCCUGAGAAUUUCAAUGCCGCUGUCUCAAAAACCAAAGAUUAUUUGAAUAGAGUAUUAGUCUACAUUUGGAAGGACAUACAAAAGGGACUCGCAUCUCACGCUCCACAAAGAGAGCGGUAUAGAACUUAUGUUGAGCAUAUCAAACAAGCUAUCAACGACAUGCUUGACCGUAUUUAUACUUCAAAGCAUUUCGACGAUGAGUUUGUCCAAUUACGUGGUAAACUAGACGGCUUUCUUCAGAAUUUGUCGCCUCGAGAUUACGGCGCCAUGGCAUAUGCUGUCAUGGAUGCCCUCAAGCAUGGCCUCAUCGGCUUGACUCAUGAACUUGACAAGGCCUACGUCAACACCUACUCCGGCAAACAGUACGCGGACGCCGACAACGCCAAGUACGCCAAAGUAUGCUUCACGGCGUUAUCCAUUCUGAAGAAGAUUCUAAGUGAGUUGAGAAAGCGGUCAGGCAAGAAAUCAGAACAUGACGGUUUCAAGGAUCAACAGAUACGCAAAUACACUGCGCUAGGAACGCUGCUAGGUGACGAGGGUUUCGUCGUCUCCGAUCCCGACGAGCAGAACGGAGAAUUGCAAGAUAAACGCACCAUGACUGGUGAACAAAUUAAGGGUCUCAUUAUUGGCACCGCUGAUGAACACGUCUAUACAAGCCUGGAUGACGUUCGAGAUGGUGGUUCACUUAAAGCGCUUUACGAGUGCCUCGAAACGUAUUUCCGUGUCACGCACAUCAAUCCACCUCAGAAGCCUAAAGCGCCGUGCAGCGUGUAUGAGACACUUUGCUGGUUCAGCAGUUUCCCUUACACUCCCGUAUAUCUCGAUUUGACGUCUGACGGAUUUGGUGAGCUAAUCGGCAAGACUGACAAGGCGGGUUCCAAGGACACUGGUGAUGACUUCAUCACCUUCGAAGACUUCGGCAGUCAAUCUAAGGAUGCAUAUCCGGAAGCUAUCACUGUCGGUCACUUAUCUGACUGCCUCACAGAAGUAUGCCAUUAUUCGCACGAUUUGCUUACCACUAUCCAAGGCCACGGUCACGCGGGAGGCAUCUACGCUUGCGACUUCAACGUUAACCCGCACGGUUUAGUAUACCCGUCUGACAUGAAUUCGCUGCUCUGUCUGCUGUUCGAGUUACUGAAACGCCUGCACUACCAGCUCUACGUACUAUACCAACAGUGCUCAUAUGAGUCCGAUCUUGGAGGCUGGCGUGACUGCUGGUAUGGCCAGGGAAUAUAUGGAUCGGCGUGGAAGUGCAAUGCUCUCCAAUGCCCCAACCAAGACUGCGACCAAAGCUGCAACCAAACAGCUAACCAAAAGUGUAGGCAAAUACCUAAGUGCGGUGUAAAAUCACCACUACAAUCGUUCCUAGAGGACGGGUUGCAAGGGUACCUGCCUCACUCUCUGAAAUCCGAAAGAGGUCAAAUUAAGUGCUCACUUAGCGGCCACUCUGGCAUCCCAUGUGCGACACCGAUGGGAUUUGCUGACAUCGAAACGGUGGCGUCACGUCGGCUGACCGGUGACAGUCUAACAAACGUGCUUGCCGAAAUGUGCGGAGACGAAUCAUCUCCACUCAGCAAACUAUGUGCGCAUAUGAACUGUCUGCUGGCAAGUGCCCCCAAAGCAUUGGGUGAGAUGUUCGGAUUUUACCUUAAUUUCCUCGGUGGCUGGAACGAUAUCAAUGAUAACAAGGGCCAGGUUCAUAAGAGAAAUGCCUUCGAAACAGCCGUAAGAGCGGCCAAUUUCGAAAAUGAAGCAACUGAUUUGGAUAUUACACCAAUAUUCCGUCACCGUGGCCAUGGCUCCGGCAAAAAUGUGAAACAUCUUACUGGUGACCUAUACUCCCUUGUGCAUUGCAACGGUAAUCCAUCGUCCGUCGCAUCCCACCCCUGCGGACCGUACCUGCGACCCAUCUGUCAAGAUACCUGCAACACUUAUACAGAGAAAGACGCCGACAAGUAUCUUUCGUGGAUAGUGUAUCUGACAGAAACGUUCUAUGACCUACUUAAAAAGUUGUAUGAGGAGUGCUCCGCGAACUGCGACUCGAAAGGUUCGAGGUGCCGCACUAGUAAAUGCAAACCAAAUUGCACAGCGAGUAGUCGUCCAGCAGGUGACGGAUCCGCUCACACGGAAGAUUGCAAUUCCAUUGUGCAAUGUAAGAAGAUGCGUCCGACAUUGCUCAAAUAUGGAUUCGUACAUGGAGACUGCACAACCCUGUCCACCACGCCGACCAAGCGAACGUGCAAAGACAUGUGUAUGGUACUGAAAUCAGUAGUUAUCGGUGAGUGCAAACUGGGCGAUCUAGUUUACGUAACAAUUCCAGAAUUUUUAUUCACCAUCCGCGCACCAUUCAUCUGGCUCAACGUCGCACUCUGGCUCCUCUCCUUCCUCUACCUGCUCCACAUCAUGGUCAUCCGCCUAGACCUCCUCCACAUCAAAUCGCAUCUACAUAGUCCCUCGAGUCAUCGCAUCGCUGCUCAAUCACUACUCGCUGCUGCACGUGUUAACAAGCUUAACAGAGUGUUUUACCUGCAACCAUAA